AUGCCAAAGGAAAAAUAUGAUCCUCCAGAUCCUCGCAGAAUUUACACCAUCAUGUCAGCAGAGGAGGUAGCCAAUGGGAAGAAGUCCCAUUGGGCAGAAUUGGAAAUCUCGGGUGAGUUAUGAAAUGAUUUGCCUAUCAAGUGGGAGGUGGAGGUGGUUCUCUCUGGCUUUAGGCCAGGUAUCUAUCCACCUGCCUGAUAAAACUUGUGAAUGGAUCAGCAGGUCCUCAGAGGCAAGUUCAUCAGUGUGUGAAAAUCUUGCCUUCAAGAUAUCUGGUUUCAGUUUGCCUGCAGUCUGAGCGCUUGAAACCAUUCACAUUAUUAAGAUGCAAGUGGGCAUCCCUUAUGAAAUGCCUUAGAAAAGGCACUGUAAGAGUUAGAGAUAUGAAUCUGGGGUGAUUGGACAGAGAAAUAUGUGCGUUUCUAUUGUUCUGCCCCCUCUCAGAUCUGAAAUGGGGGGGGGGGGCAUCUAAUGUUCAUUUCAGAAAAAAAACAUGUUUUCCAUUUAUCACUUACUUCCAAAAGUGGCUUCAAAGUGGUUUCAUGUACAAUUUUCUACAAUAAGCUCAAGCAACUUGAAAGUUGCAUGGCUCCAUUAAAAAAUAAUAAUCAUUAAUUAAUAUAAAUUCAGAAGGGAUUGGGUUAGACCCUUGUUGGUUAUCGUUGAUAGUUGGGGAUGAAGGUGAGGGGUGUUAAUGGGGAAUAAUAGAACUCAACCCAUCUGAUAUCAUCAGAUUAAUGUAAUAUUUGUGCACUUUAGAUAGCCUGCAUCUGAUUUUCUCUUCCUUCAUUUUUAUGCUUUUGCUGUUAUGAGAAUCUAUAUUUUUAUUGUGUAUUUUGUAUUUUUAGUUUGUAUUUGUAUUAUGUAUUUUUAUUAUAAUUGCAUUUAUGUAACUUUUGAUUUCUAUAAUGUAUAGAUAUUAAGUUAUGUGUUAUGUUAUGUUGUAAAGUACCCAAUGGUUUUUUUGAUGAACAGCAGCAUAUAAAUGUAGUUAGUUAAUUAAUUAAUAAUUAAAAUACGUGACUACAGAGUUGUUUCCUUCCCCCUUCCAAAUUGGAGGGAAGCCCUCUUUCGUCCCCCUCCCCUUAGCAAAAAAACCCUUUCAGCUGCUUUUCUCACCCUCCCCAGGAAAAAAAGCUACAUUUGCCAAAAAGUCAUAGCAGAUAUCCUGCAUUUUAUUAUGCUUUGUGGUGGGCGUGAGAUGAUAAAUCAGCACAUUUUUCUUGCAAAACUAUCAGUAUACUUGUAGAAACAGCUGCCUGAACGCUUAACAUUCUCCACAUGCUCUUCAUUUUAGGCAGAGUGCGGAGCUUAAGUACGUCUCUUUGGUCACUAACACACUUGACUGCUCUCCACCUCAAUGACAACUAUCUGACUCGCAUUCCACCUGAUAUUGCCAAGCUUCAUAAUCUGGUUUACUUGGAUCUCUCAUCCAACAAACUCAGAAGUUUACCAGCAGAACUAGGAAACAUGGUAUCUCUCAGGUGAGGAGUUUCACUGCCUCUUACAAAAUAAUUACAGAAAAGUUUUCGGCUGCAACUUUCCUUUUAGUCCAGCUGUUAAAUUGAUGUUGCAGUUUAACUUGGCUGUCGAUAUACACAGUUUCAGAACUUAAUUUGACUGCCUUCUUUUUGAACCAUUUUGGGUGGCGCUACAUGGUAUGAUACUCAAGUUCUGGUAGCUCAUAUUGUGCCUUGCCCACCUGAUGCCAAUGAUGAUGGAUGGGGGUGAGGAAAUGGGCAGUGCUAGGAUGACGGUGUUACAUUUUACUACACAUUACAGGGGGGAGAGAAGAGAACACAGCAGCAGCACCCUCACAUUUCUCCUAAAUGUAGUUAUGUCAUUAGGCUACCUUUCAUAAUGACGCCAAUCUUCACCUCCAUAUUUGCUCACAAACUUGAUAAUGUUAAUGGUUCAUUGUAUAGAGAAGGUCUUCCUUUGGAAUUUUGUGCCAAAAUUAUUAACUUACUGUUACUGUGCAAAAAGGGAGAUGGAGUUUUCCCCCUGAAAAGCAAUGGACAGUAACUACCAAUCCUUGUACAUCACCUUCUGCUUUUUUGAUCCUUAUCCAAGGAUGAAUGAUAGGCUUGGGUGGGGAUUUAGCAUUUUUUCAGGGGUUGUUGACUUCCUUCCAACAUCCUUUCAGUGUGAAAACAAGUCAGAGUUGGAAGUUGGGUGUCCCCCCCCCAACAGCCUUCUCCAACUCAGUGCCCCCCAGAAGUUGUGAACAUCAACCUCUCUCAGAGGUGAUGGCUGGGGGCUAUAGUUCAAAGCCUCUGGAGGGCACCUAGCUGGGCAGGCUGUUCCAGAACACCAAACUGCAGACGCUUAACCACUGUAUAGCUAAUUUAUUUGUGGCCAUUAAUGUGUGCAUUAAUGCACACAUAUUUCCCCUUCAGCAAUGGAGCCACUCAAAGGAAUAUCAAAACAAAAGUUGGCAUUUUGCAAGAUAAACAGAACAUACAAUAUGUGAAUUUUUCUAAAGUUGACCCUGCUAAUGUGUUUCUUCUGUCUUUAGGGAAUUGCUUUUAAACAACAAUUUGUUACGAGUUUUGCCUUAUGAACUUGGACGGCUAUUCCAGCUGCAAACACUAGGUUUGAAAGGUAAUUGAAAUAUUAAACCAUACAUGUCCAUGAUUCCUUGUUCUCUAUCCUUUCUUUCCUUUAUCAAUUCCUUGAUCAGUCUUCUAACUAAAGAACCCUGUAGGGCUGAAGGACAAAACCUUUUGCAAAGUAUAGGUAAUGGGUUUCUUAGCCUACUAUUUUGUUUAUCUAUUUAUUCAUGAAUAAGCUUUAGGAGAAGUUCUGAAUUGUCCUUUUGGGUUUCUGCUGUGCCCUUUGUCUUGCUGCCUUCCUGCUGUAUCCAGACCAGACAAAGCCCUUAGAAUCAUAGACUAGAAUUGGAAGGGACCCCACUUAAUCCUGCAAUACCGGAAUCUCAACUAAAACAUCCAUAGCAGAAGGCCAUCCAAUAUCUGUUUAAAAAUCCCCACUGAAGGAGAGUCACCACCUCCCGAGGGAGCCUGUUCCACUUUCCAAAAGCUUUUACUGUCAGAAGGCUCUUCCUAAUGUUUAAUCGGAAUCUCCUUUCUUGUAACUUGAAGCCUGACGCUCUGACCACUCUUUCACUCCUCUGGAAUUCAGAUACUGCUUUUGGACAUCCCUUUCAAAUCUACCGUCCUUCCCUCUGACAGAAUGAGAAGUAGGGCUCUAACUGAUGUUCAAUGUCUCACUUUUAUUCUAGGCAAUCCUUUAUCACAAGAUAUUCUCAGCCUGUACCAGGACUCAGAUGGAACACGGAAGUUACUGAACUACAUGCUUGACAAUCUAGCGGGUAAGAAGUGUUUGCCUUCACUUUGAUAGCAGCGAAAGGCUCGUCUUAUAUGACAGAUGGCAUUUGUGUAGAGGGGGAGUUUUCAUACUGCAGGCACUCCUAGAUGGGUGCAGUGGGUGUGCUAUGCAUUCUCAACACACUGUGCCCCUUUCAGUACACUACGCAAUGCUAAUUGGGAGGAUUGCCUUUGCCUAUUAUGACAAAACUGCCACAAAUGCAGUAUACUUUACUGUAACGAAACAUGGUGGGCAUUUGGUUAUGUGGGCUAAAGUAAAGGCAUGCACUUGAUAACAUUAGGAUAGAAGCUAAACCCCUGUUCCCCUUCCCCAUUGAUCCCAACCAUUCAAAAUCAAGCCUGAUCCUACUCCUGCCUGUAUAGCUCUGUCUUGGGUCUUGUUUCUCGGUUACACUGCAGGGGGAUGUAAUAUUGGGAGCUGGCUCUAUCUGUCUAACUGUCUUAACACCUGCCCAAUAAUGUUGAGUGCCAGCUCAUCAAGAGUCUUGAGUUCAAAGGUCCAUGUAGUAGCUAUUCCCAGAUCAGGAAUUCAUCUCUUACUUGGUGAGGUUUUCCAUUCAUUCGAUGGAGGAACUGGCCUGUAUAUAUUGAUAAUUCCUUUUUAAAAGAGACCAUUUGUAGCUGGUAAACUUAUGUGUGUACACCAGGUCUUCUAUACUCAAAAUAGCUUUCUGGAUCUGGCUUCAGCUAAUCUCAGUUGUUCUGGAUUGAAGAGCCAAGUGGAAACCAUGCUCUAUCUUUUAAUUAAGCCUGCAUGGGAUGAUUGUCACUGGAAAAACCCUUCAAUAUGGAAGGGCUCAGCAGGCCGGUGGUAUGAAUUGUUUACCCUGUAACUUAUUCCCAUCACAUGGAAUGUUGCGUGCCUGUUGAACCUCUUUUGCAGUUGCAGAUAAUGGUUUGUGAUCGUUCAACCUUAUGGGCAAAAUAAUAAACUAUUCAUACAUUUCCGCCCAGCACUUUUGAAGCAGUUUUGGGUGGCAACUAUGCCACUAGGGUAUAUGUUACACAGGCUUUAGUUGAUCCAACAAAGUGAUCACACCAGAAUGUGGCUAUUCCUUUAGGUUCCUGUGUGCAUGUUUGUUUGUUUGUUUGUUUGUUUGUUUGUUUGUUUGUUUGAGUGAGUGAGAGAGAAGGUGAAUGAAAUCAGGCAUAAUUGUUCCCAAAUAAAAUUGGUACUACCAUUGGAAAUCUCAGUGAGGAUAAAAGUGAAAUGGAAACUAAAGGCUACUUAAAAGACAAAGCAGUGCUGUUCAGGGCCCAUCUAUAUCUAAAAGUACGAGAAACCUGCACCAUCUAAACAUUUUCUCUACCCAUAUCCCACUUUCAGCUUGCAGUUAAAUGUUUUCUUUUCUGAACUUCUGUACUACAAUAUGGAGAGUGACUAUUGCAAGUUCUUGAGGGAUACUGGGCUUUCUAGCGCCCAUUAAUGUUUACUUUCUCAAUAUUUCAGUUCAUCCGGAGCAGCUGCCUCCAAGGCCAUGGAUUACUUUGAAAGAGCGAGACCAAAUUCUGCCCUCCGGUAAUUAUGUGACUUUCUCUUCUUCCUGUAAAUUAAAGAUAAGCAAGGAGAUAUCUUUUUGUACAGCUGCACUUCUCAUUUGUCAAGUUUUAUUCAUCCUUGAUGAUGAUUGAAGAAACCUCACAGCCCCCAAAAGAGAGUUCUCCGCCUGCUUUAUUUGUGUAACCAAGCAGCUGCCUGGGACAGAAACAGGAGGUUCCUUGAGGGUCUGAAGGCAGCAGUAGGCAAGGAGAGCUCAAAGUUACUGGAACCCCAGAAAGACCCCAGCUUUGUGCUGCUGCAGUAGGUGAAGCCAAGGGGCAGGGGUUGAACUGUCUGCAAUAGUAUCAGAUGGCUGGUAACAUGAUACAAAUCCACAUAUUUAUCAGGCCUUUUUUAACUACUCAAAAUCUGCUCCCAGAAAGGGUCUUUUUUAACAGAUUUAUCAGGCCUUUUUAAACUACUCAAAAUCUGCUCCCAGAAAGGGUCAUUGGAACAUUUUUCUCCAUGGCCAUCAUAAGGCCACGUGCAGAAGUGAGGCUUGCAAUCUCUUUAUCCAGUUAAGAGAAUGAGGAAGAUGUGCUCCUUCCCCCUUGAGCUAACCAACUGGUUGCCAAAUCCUGCUUCAAGAGUUUGCUGUGGAUAGGGCCAGUACCAACAUAAGCCUUAAUCUCAGUGGAGAAGCUAUGGGGCAGGAGCAUGUGAUCACCAUUAAGAGAUUGGCAAAUGGGCUGGUGCUGAAGUUACUGUCAGUGUAACUGAGCAACAACUGCUUCCACUUGUAGAGAGAGGACCAGUUUGUGUGCUACGAAUCUGUUCAAACUUGCUCUGUGCAUGCAAUCAGUGAAAUAUCAGAGCAGGGUUCACUUGGAAGAAUGUGUAGCUACUUUGUGAGGAGUGGUGAGAAAGUGAAAAGUCCUUUUAACAGAAAUAUCAGUAUGGUCAUCCUCUGAUGUUGUACUGCUCAUAUGAACCGUUAAAGGUAAAAGGGCCAAUUCAUAAUGUAUGAAUCUGUCUGUUGAAUCUAAGUUUUCACCUGAGGUUCUUAGCAACUUGAAUAAUUUAAUUAGCAGCGAGCUGCAGCUUUAUCUCAUUUAAGAAAAACCUAAUAGCCUUUUAUGUUAUCUGUUCUGGCUGAAGUAAUGUGCAAAAAUAUGCAAACCUGAAAAGUAUGCUAGAUCAUCUCUGCAAUGUACUGUAUAAGUUUAUUUAUGCAGAUAGUUCCACCUAUGCAAAGCAGUUAGCCAUGUAGUUAAAAUGGAGGUUAAUGAACUCUAGCUUCUUAAACUAGUACUUGGCAUCUGAAAGAAGUUUCUUUUUCUUAAUGUUACGAUUUAAUUACAGUCUUUAUGUUGGCCACACAGCAACUUAGUUCUCUGGGUGGCUCACAAAAAUAAAAUACAACAUUGAAAAUACAAAUAAAAGAAUUGCAAUGUAAAAAUUAGAGGAAUUCUGGAAGCUUUUGCAAAACUGGCCUUUUAAGUCAUAGAUAUCUACUUAAUUCCACUGAAACUCCUUGUUCUAAGUGAAAAGUGUGUGGUACCUCAACGUUCUCAUCACCAAAUGUUUAUUUUCUCUCCUUCCAGCUUCUUUUACAGUCAUGUGUUAUAAUGUGUUGUGUGAUAAAUACGCCACCCGACAGCUCUAUGGCUACUGCCCAUCAUGGGCAUUAAAUUGGGAAUACAGAAAAAAGGGAAUCAUGGAAGAAAUUGUGAACUGGGAUGCAGAUAUCAUUAGUCUUCAGGUAAUGAUAACAGAAUAUAGCCCUUUGAUUUUCAUCAGGAAAUAGUAGGAAUAGGGUUCCCUUAUUCUCUUCUUAAAAUGUUGAUAGAAAGUCAAGGGCAUCUCUUCAAAGUACUUCUUCAUGUUUUCUUCUGUAGUCUUACAGCUUUAAUUUUUUUUUAAAAGUAUGUUAAAGACAUGUUAAGAUGCGAAAAUAGCAAAAAAUCGCCAUUGGCCAAAUACUUUUUGCAGGGCCCUUUGUCCAUUGUUCAUUUUGAAUAAAGCAUAAUAACUUGGCAACCGUGGCUUAUGAUGACUUGUGAAUGUGACUGCUCAGUCCUUCCCAUGCCAAUGUAACCCUCCCUGAAACAGGCAAAAAUGAGACAGCCUACAUUUCUCAGCACAGUUUUCUUCAAUGUUAACAACCAAGGGUCAUUUAGUUCAAUCCCCUGCAAUGCAGGAAUCCUGUCCACAGCCAUCCCUGGAUGGAUUCAAACCACCAGCCUUCUGGUUAACAGCCAGACACACUUACCCAUUGUGUGAUGUUCCUUUUCAGGAAGUAGAAACUGAGCAAUACUUCACCCUCUUUCUGCCAGCAUUAAAAGAGCGUGGAUAUGAUGGAUUUUUUUCUCCAAAGUCACGUGCCAAAAUCAUGUCUGAGCAGGAGCGAAAGCAUGUGGAUGGUUGUGCAGUAUUCUUCAAAACGGAAAAGUAAGAGACUUUCGCUGAUUUGACUUUGUUGUUUCAUGCCCGUACCUCAGAUGUCUCUGAUAGUUUGCAAAGCAGCGUCUGUUGUUGCUUUAAUGUGGACAUGAAAUUGACCUUUGUAUUUAAAAAAUGAGAGGGAGAAGUUUUAUAUCCUGGCUUUCUGGUAGUCUUUUUUUUUUUUUCUUUGUAGGUUUUUAUAUCUGUUGACUGAGUUCUUGGGUAUGUUUUACAUGUUUCAGGUUCACAUUGGUGCAGAAGCACACGGUAGAAUUCAACCAGGUGGCAAUGGCGAACUCCGAAGGAUCAGAAGCUAUGUUGAAUCGAGUGAUGACAAAGGACAACAUUGGCGUUGCUGUCGUGUUAGAGGUGCAUAAGGAACUGUUUGGGACAGGUGGGUGUCAGGCCUUUUCAACACGAAGGGGGAGAGGCUUCAUAAGGCGUACUAGUUUUUAAACAAGUGAAACUUUACUGUAUAGAAAUAAUGUCACUUUAUAGUACAAAUUAAGUGGAGACAAAACAGUACCAGCUCAGUGGACUGCUUUGCUGAAGCAAUUUCUGAAACAGAUCCAUUCAUCCCUAUGAACAAAAAUGCUAUCUUAAAUUGAGUGUGACCAUUGGUCUAUCCAGUGUUGUUCUGGCUGCUAUGACUUGUGGUAGUGCUCAGUCAGGGGUCUUUCCCAUCAGUGAUCCUUUCUACAGGAUAUGUUAGAGCUUGAACCUGGUACAGGCGGACCCCCACUUGCGCAAGGGCUACAUUCCGGCCCCUGCAUAAGUGAAAUUGCGUAAAGUGGGGAGCACCUUCUCAGCACCCCUUAAACACCCUCUUGGCCAACUCUCUCUUCAAUCCAUACUGCUGCUGCUGCACUACUCCAGUCCACACAUCAGCUGUUAGGCAGGGAGGCGGAGCAGGGUAAACAAAGCCCUGCUGUGCCUCUGGUCUCUUCAGGGCUCCUUCCCAGAUUUCCUCUUCAAACACUGGGGAGGGUCUCCUUGCAAGCCACAAGCUCUCUCUCGAGCGCCAUUUCCGGAUUUGAAUUGAAUUAUUUAAUUAUUUGCCAACGUCAUGCGUGGGGGGGGGGAGCUGUCUGUAUUUCCUGCAUGCAAUCUGUGAGUUUGUCCACGCAGGUGUGGCCUUUGCCACUCCAAAGCACAUAGCUCAUGCUAGAGCGGUCACUCACUUAGGAAGAAUGUGUUCCUUCUUUCUUCAGUCUGACCUUUUUUCCCCAUAGCAUUUUGUUUUUCCUAACACAAUUCUCUCUGGAACUCUGCAUGGAUGCCACUAGGUAUGCCGUGUGACUGGGAUCAAAGUCACAGUACUAUUUGGUCUGAAUUGGCACAGCCAUGUGCAUAGUGUACCCUCAACUGCCUUAAUUUCUAUAAUAAUUUCUACCAGGCCACCACUGUCACGGGAAUUGAGACAAAUGCAGAUACGCUGGCCAUGGGAAGGUGCUCUGUUGUUCACAUAAACCCUCCCAGGCCACGAGUCCAGCAGUAUCUGCACAGUGAAGAACAUUUCCUUUGCAUGUAAUUAAAUGCUUUUCUGUUUGUUUCUGUAUCAUGGAAGGAGUUGAAUUAACUUAGAAUUCAUUGCCUUUAGGUAUGAAGCCUCUCCAUACCGUGGACAACCAGCUGCUUAUUAUAGCAAACGCCCACAUGCAUUGGGACCCUGAAUAUUCAGAUGUAAAACUUGUCCAGACAAUGAUGUUUGUCUCGGAACUGAAAAGUAUCCUUGAGAAAGCCUCUAGCCGGCCUGGAAGCCCAAUAACAGAUAAGAAUUCCAUCCCUCUGGUGCUGUGUGCAGAUCUCAACUCACUGCCGGAUUCAGGUAUUUAGAAAUAGCAGUUUUGCUUUUACUUCAAAGUUAAGACUUACCUUUUUUAUUAAAAAUGUAUUUAUUAAAAGUUUUUAUUGGGUAACAGUAGUACAUGCAGAGUCUCCGUUUUCAAGUCAUAGAAUCCUUCAAACAAGUCAGUCACAUUCAGAGUGAGACAUUACUGUUACAGGCGAUAUGGAAUUGAGGGGGAAAAGAAGGCAGGAAAAGGGGAGACAGUAAAAUUCCAUUCUUUUAUAUAGUAUAUGAGUAAAGCUUUUGUGUGGGACGUGGGUGGCGUUGUGGGUUAAACCACAGAGCCUAGGACUUGCCGAUCAGAAGGUCGGCGGUUCGAAUCCCCGCGACGGGGUGAGCUCCCGUUGCUCAGUCCCUGCUCCUGCCAACCUAGCAGUUCGAAAGCACGUCAAAGUGCAAGUAGAUAAAUAGGUACCACUUUGGCAGGAAGGUAAACAGCGUUUCCAUGCGCUGCUCUGGUUCGCCAGAAGCGGCUUAGUCAUGCUGGCCACAUGACCCGGAAGCUGUACGCCGGCUCCCUUGGCCAAUAAAGCAAGAUGAGCGUUGCAACCCCAAAGUCGGCCACGACUGGACCCUAAGGUCAGGGGUCCCUUUACCUUUAAAGCUUUUGUGUUAGCGUCACUUAAAACAUGUAUUUUAUUUUUGUUGGUGGUACAAGAGACCAGAGGGCCCAAGGCAUGGCUGGUUGCAGUCGGUGGGCUGUAAGUGUGUCUUGUUUGUGUGUCGUGAGGGGAAUGUUACUGGAUCAGAUUAACCAUAUCGAUUUGUAUGCUGUGGGGGGAGGGACAUAGUAUUGAAAGUUAAUACUAUCUCGUAUCAACUUUCCACCAACAUUACACCUAGUGGAAAAUGAUCUUUUUCAAUGUCUUGUGUCUCAAGGGGAAAUUUUAAUGUGAAUUGCUGAAUUGUUGUCUUGCAUUCUAAAAUGAGGAGAGGAGGUAAUAGGGUAGAUUUGGGGGUUGGUAAGGUGAACAAGUAAGGUUGGUAAGGUGAACAAGACCCUCUGUUGAACCAGUAUUGUUUGCCCAGGGAAACUGCUAUUUAAAACCAGAUGAAUGAUAAAUUACAAGAACCACCAUCACAUUUAGUACAUAAAUAAUCACUUCCUUUCUAAUUACAAAUGCUGUCAGCCUUAAUCAACUCCUGGUGGUAUUUCUCUAACUGCUAAAUAGCUUAUUUCUUAUUUUAAGCAGGUGGUUAUAUAGGUACUUGGGUGAUAAUUCUUCCCUCUUGGUCAUGAAAACAUUUGCAGUGUUAAUAAUUCCCUGGCUGCUGAUGGUGUGCAUAGAGCUCCAGAACUGAGUUCAUGUUAAGCUACAGGAAAACAGGUGGCACAAUUCAGCAUUAGCAUCCGGCAGCAACAGAUUGACUGUUUUGUUUUGCAAACAGGUGUCGUGGAAUACUUAAGCAAUGGAAUAGUAGCUGACAACCAUAAAGAUUUCAAGGAGCUGCGUUACAAUGAGUGUCUCAUGAACUUCAGUGGCAAUGGGAAGAACGGGGCUCCUGAAGGAAGAAUCACUCACGGCUUCCAGCUGAAGAGCGCUUACGAAAACAACUUGAUGCCUUAUACCAAUUACACCUUUGAUUUCAAAGUAAGUAGAGCUGUGGCAGAAGCAACUAGGAAUAUAUCAGCUGGGUGCUGGAAUGACGAAUGAUUAUAUUUACUGUGAUUCAAACCAAACACAUUUAAACCUAUGGGUAGUUGCAGCUUAGACCGUGAUUCAGUUGCAAAUGCAUUGAAGUGCACAGAUGAAUGGCCGCUGUUGCAGUCUGCCUGCCACGAUCCCUGUGGUCGUUGCAGGAUCACCCUGCUUCAUGCCAUUUCUGUAUGAAGAAGUAGAAGCAAGAUUUAAGUUCUGAUCCCUGGCUCUGAUUCUCCUGUACAUGAAAGGCAGGCUGGUGCUUCUUGGCAUUGAUUGGCAAUAAUAAUAAUAAUAAUAAUAAUAAUAAUAAUAAUAAUAAAUUUAUUUAUACCCCGCCCAUCUGGCUGGGUUUCCCCAGCCACUCUGGGCGGCUUCCAACAAAACACUAAAAUACAAUAACCUAUUAAACAUUAAAAGCUUCCCUAAACCGGGCUGCCUUCAGAUGUCUUCUAAAAGUCUGGUAGUUAUUUUUCUCUUUGACAUCUGGUGGGAGGGCGUUCCACAGGGUGGGUGCCACUACCGAGAAGGCCCUCUGCCUGGUUCCCUGUAACUUGGCUUCUCGCAGCGAGGGAACCGCCAGAAGGCCCUUGGCGCUGGACCUCAGCAUCUGGGCAGAAUGAUGGAGGUGGAGAUGCUCCUUCAGGUAUACUGGACCGAGGCCGUUUAGGGCUUUAAAGGUCAGCACCAACACUUUGAAUUGGAGAGCCCAGUCCUGGUUGCAGCUUCCAAGGGUGUGCCCACUUCAUGUUUUCCUUUAAGCAUCUCCUCCUGCUUUUAUUAACAUGUUGCAACCACCUUUGCUGUUUAUAGGAUUGGUGGAGCUGCAGCAAGUUCCAGGUGUCCCCCCUCCCCAGCCAGCUUCUAAGCAACCUUUCUCCCUGGGCUUCAGUCGAGACGCUCCCAGCAUCUCUUACUACCUAGCAGUGCAACAGGUGGUGCAGGGAUUGCAUUGGAACAAAGGCAGGCAGCAUAGAAGGUUCUUGGUGGCUUGAUUUGUUCAUAGGAUCCCGUUCUGAAUUGACUUUUCCUCCCUCCCUUCCGCAGGGUGUGAUUGACUACAUUUUUUAUUCCAACACUCACAUGAACGUGCUUGGUGUCCUGGGGCCUUUGGACCCUCAGUGGCUGGUUGAGAACAACAUCACCGGGUGCCCCCACCCUCACAUCCCUUCAGACCACUUCUCACUGUUGACGCAGCUGGAGCUCCAUCCUCUGUUCCUGCCUCCUGUCAAUGGCAUCCACUUGGCCAGCAGGCGGUAG